CGCGGAAGUCCAUGCGCCAUUGAGAGGGCCGCAGUGGCUGCACUGUGCCCUUGUUGCCGAGCGCCUCUUCCUGGGUCAUCCUUGGAACGGGAGCCGGACUGGAGCUGACACCGGGGCUCCGGCGUGGCCGUCUCGGCGCCUGUGUGACCUCCUCGCCGGCGGGAUGUGGCGACUACGCCGGGCCGCCGUGGCCUGUGAAGUCUGCCAGUCCUUAGUGAAACAUAGCUCUGGAAUGAAAGGAAGCUUAUCACUACAGAAACUGCAUCUGGUUUCCCGAAGUAUCUAUCAUUCACAUCAUCCUACCUUAAAGCUUCAAAGACCCCAACUCAGGACAUCGUUUCAGCAGUUCUCCUCUCUAACUAACCUUCCUUUACGUAAAUUGAAACUUUCUCCAAUUAAAUAUGGCUACCAGCCCCGCAGGAAUUUUUGGCCAGCGAGAUUAGCUGCAAGACUCUUAAAACUUCGAUAUCUCAUACUAGGAUCUGCCGUUGGGGGUGGCUAUACAGCCAAAAAGACUUUCGAUCAGUGGAAAGAUAUGAUACCUGACCUUAGUGACUAUAAAUGGAUUGUGCCUGACAUCGUGUGGGAGAUUGAUGAGUAUAUUGAUUUAGAGAAAAUUAGAAAAGCCCUUCCUAAUUCAGAGGACCUUGCAAAGUUGGCACCAGACUUUGACAAGAUUGUUGAAAACCUCAGCUUAUUGAAGGACUUUUUCACCACAGGUCACAAAUUGGUUAGUGAAGUCAUAGGAGCUUCUGACCUACUUCUCUUGUUAGGUUCACCUGGAGAAACCGCAUUUAGAGCAACCGAUCCUGGGUCUGAAAGUGACAAGCAUUAUAGGAAGGGUCUGCUUGGUGAGCUCAUUCUCUUACAACAGCAAAUUCAAGAGCAUGAAGAGGAAGCCCGCAGAGCUGCUGGCCAAUAUAGCACGAGCUAUGCCCAACAGAAGCGCAAGGUGUCAGACAAAGAGAAAAUUGACCAACUGCAAGAAGAACUUCUGCACACUCAGUUGAAGUACCAGAGAAUCUUGGAACGGUUAGAAAAGGAGAACAAAGAAUUGAGAAAAUUAGUAUUGCAGAAAGAUGAUAAAGGCAUCCAUCAUAGAAAGCUUAAGAAAUCUUUGAUUGACAUGUAUUCUGAAGUUCUUGAUGUUCUGUCUGAUUAUGAUGCCAGUUAUAAUACUCAAGAUCAUCUGCCAAGAGUGGUUGUGGUUGGAGAUCAGAGUGCUGGAAAAACGAGUGUGUUGGAAAUGAUUGCUCAAGCACGAAUAUUCCCACGAGGAUCUGGGGAGAUGAUGACACGUUCUCCAGUUAAGGUGACUCUGAGUGAAGGUCCUCACCACGUGGCCUUGUUUAAAGAUAGUUCUCGGGAGUUUGAUCUUACCAAAGAGGAAGAUCUUGCAGCAUUAAGACAUGAAAUAGAACUCCGAAUGAGGAAAAAUGUGAAAGACGGUUGUACUGUCAGCCCUGAGACCAUAUCCUUAAAUGUCAAAGGCCCUGGACUACAGAGGAUGGUGCUUGUUGACUUACCAGGUGUGAUUAAUACUGUGACAUCAGGCAUGGCUCCCGACACAAAGGAAACUAUUUUCAGUAUCAGCAAAGCUUAUAUGCAGAAUCCUAAUGCCAUCAUACUAUGUAUUCAAGAUGGAUCCGUGGAUGCUGAACGCAGCAUUGUUACAGACUUGGUCAGUCAAAUGGAUCCUCAUGGAAGAAGGACGAUAUUUGUUUUGACCAAAGUAGACCUGGCAGAGAAAAAUGUGGCUAGUCCAAGCAGGAUUCAGCAGAUAAUUGAAGGAAAACUCUUCCCAAUGAAAGCUCUAGGGUAUUUUGCUGUUGUAACAGGAAAAGGAAACAGCUCUGAAAGCAUUGACGCUAUAAGAGAAUAUGAAGAAGAAUUCUUUCAGAAUUCAAACCUCCUAAAAACAAGCAUGCUAAAGGCACACCAAGUGACUACAAGGAAUUUAAGCCUUGCUGUAUCGGACUGCUUUUGGAAAAUGGUACGAGAGUCAGUUGAACAACAGGCUGAUAGUUUCAAAGCAACACGUUUUAACCUUGAAACUGAGUGGAAGAAUAACUAUCCUCGCCUGCGAGAACUUGACCGGAAUGAACUAUUUGAAAAAGCUAAAAAUGAAAUCCUCGAUGAAGUUAUCAGUCUGAGCCAGGUUACACCAAAACAUUGGGAGGAAAUCCUGCAGCAGUCUUUGUGGGAAAGAGUAUCGACUCAUGUGAUUGAAAACAUCUAUCUUCCAGCUGCACAGACCAUGAAUUCAGGGACGUUUAAUACUACAGUGGAUAUCAAGCUUAAACAGUGGACUGAUAAACAGCUUCCUAAUAAAGCAGUAGAGGUUGCUUGGGAGACCCUACAAGAAGAAUUUUCCCGCUUCAUGACAGAACCAAAAGGAAAAGAGCAUGAUGACAUAUUUGAUAAACUUAAAGAGGCUGUUAAGGAAGAAAGUAUUAAACGCCACAAGUGGAAUGAUUUUGCAGAGGACAGCUUGAGAGUUAUUCAACACAAUGCUUUAGAAGACCGGUCCAUAUCUGAUAAACAGCAGUGGGAUGCAGCUAUUUAUUUUAUGGAAGAGGCUCUUCAGGCUCGUCUGAAGGAUACUGAAAAUGCAAUUGAAAACAUGGUAGGUCCAGACUGGAAAAAGAGGUGGUUAUACUGGAAGAAUCGGACCCAAGAACAGUUUGUUCACAAUGAAACCAAGAAUGAACUGGAGAAGAUGUUGAAAUGUAACGAGGAACACCCAGCUUACCUUGCAAGUGAUGAAAUAACUACAGUCCGAAAGAACCUUGAAUCCCGAGGAGUGGAAGUAGAUCCAAGCUUGAUUAAGGAUACUUGGCACCAAGUUUAUAGAAGACAUUUCUUAAAAACAGCUCUAAACCACUGUAACCUUUGUCGACGAGGCUUUUAUUACUACCAAAGGCAUUUUGUAGAUUCUGAGUUGGAAUGCAAUGAUGUCGUCCUCUUUUGGCGAAUACAGCGCAUGCUUGCCAUCACCGCAAAUACUUUACGGCAGCAACUUACAAACACUGAAGUCAGGCGAUUAGAGAAAAAUGUUAAAGAGGUAUUGGAAGAUUUUGCUGAAGAUAGCGAGAAGAAGGUUAAGUUGCUUACUGGUAAACGAGUUCAACUGGCCGAGGACCUCAAGAAAGUUAGAGAAAUUCAAGAAAAACUUGAUGCUUUUAUUGAAGCUCUUCAUCAGGAGAAAUAAACUGUAAUAAAAUCCUACUGAUAAUGUAAUCACCUCUACAUCACAUCUGAAGAAGGAGACCUCCAGAGUCUUUUGUCCUGCCUUUUUUUCUUCUGCUAUUCCACCUUUAUAAACAUAAAAUAAAGUCAUGGAAUAAAAAUAAUUUACGUGUGUUAGAGGCACUUUAACCAUCAGCUGCCUUUUGAAUGGCAGAGUAGAGGAAGUGGUGUUAACAUCCUGUUACCUUGCAUUGAAGUGACAAAUUGGGAUAAUGUAAGUGCUAUGGCCAUUAGGUCCAGUCCUUGAAGAUAAGAAACCUGCUCUCCUGCUUGUUGUCUCGUUUGUGGUGGCACUAGUUCAACUAAUACAUUAGCUCAUGUUACUUGAUGUCACUUUCUUUUCCAGAAGAAGAAUGCUAGGUGUUUUGAAAUAAAACUUACAGCAGUGUUCUAAAAGCUAUCAAUUGUAUAUAAAAUGAUGGUAACCCGCUAAGUUGUUGUCUGUAUCUGUAAUGUUCUGUAUCCAAAAACUAUUUGGCCAUGAUAAUUCAGUUUAUAUUCAUCAUGUGAAAGAAAACAGUUAACAGAAGAACCCCUGAAACAGGUUAAUUUGGAUUUCAAUUCUGUGUACAGUGAGAGAGAUUUCAGCCCCUUGUUGACAGCUUAGAGAGUUGCCUUAGAAGCUGAGUAGGCAGCAGUGUACCUAUCUGAUUCGGUUGAUGUUUUGUACACUCUGUAACUAUUUGAAACUCAUUCAUUUUGGAUGUUGUAUACUUGAGCUAGGCUUUCUGCUAACAGUGUUUUUUUACCUGUUGACGGAGCUAUUGGAUUGUGACACAGGAUAGGCAAGA